AUGCCGACAACCGUUGACGCCUCUAAAGUGGACAAUUCCUACGAAGACGGCAUCCCCUUAACCACCAUUGAGAUUACGGGGAACUCGACAACGAAAGACAAAAGGCAUGAUUGUGCUUUGAAUUAUAUGCAACGCCAACCACCCGACCACGUCGAAAAUAUCGAGAAUCAGACACAAUUUCCUGACGGCGGCCAGAUUAACCAGACAGUAAAUCUAAACCCAUCAGCAUCGAGCGACAUCUACGUCCAUACCGAUAUUCAAAUCCGGGUAGGUAACGCUGGUGAGGUGGGAGGAGCUAAACCAGUGAGCAAUGACGAAUAAGUUAAUAUUCAUCUGGAUCCAAAUGCCUUGUACUUAUAGUUAGGUACCUAUGUAUUAGAUAGCGUUGCGUGAGUUUAGUUUCUGCUUUGGCUCGAACGUCGGGCUGUUAAAUAG